GAGUCUCUCUGUAACUUCCUGUCUCAUAGACAGCUGAACCCCACACAAAGGAAACCAGACUCACCAGAAAUGAUGAGGAGAAUGGGUGACACACUGAUAGAGUGAUCUGCUGUAACCUUGUUGAGAUACUGUUCUGCGACUGAGGUGAAACAUCGGAGCUUGAAUGAACCAGGGUUAGAAAUUUUCCCACAGGCUUCCUCUCCAUGUCCGCAGUGGCUCCCUCCAGUCCCACCAGUCUCGCGGUGCCGGCUCUAGUCCAGUUCCAGCUCGGCCUGUUCAGGGAGGUGGUUCGAGUCCCUGCCAGCAACCUGAGCUACCGCCAUGCCAAGAGGCUGGCUGCAGAGGUCAUAGAGCGCAAGGCUCCAGACUGCAGCGUGGUCGGCGUCGGGGAGAAGAUUCUGCUGUUCAGACAUCAGCCCGCCUCUGAGCAGAUGCUGCAGCGCCUGACAGACCGCGACGAGCUGCAGGAUGGAGACCUCAUCGAGGUCAUCAUCGCAGUAUCAGCCUCGGUGACCGAGAUGAGGAUCCGUCCACACUCCCUGCUGGUCUACUCGUACCGGACUCCCACUUUCUGUCACCACUGUGGAGAAAUGCUGUGGGGCCUCGUUCGACAGGGGUUAAAAUGUGACGGGUGUGGAUUGGACUUCCAUAAACGUUGCGCCUUCCAGUUGCCCAACGACUGUAGUCGAGCGCGGCGUCAGGUCAGCACCAGCCUCUCCCUGUUUCCUCCCCGACGACCCCGCGUGCACUCCCUCUCUAAUCAGGCGGGAGGCAGUCUGGAGGAGAUCAGCAUGUCCAAGCCCUCAUCCAGGCCUCCGUCCUGGGCAGAGCCUCCGGUGUGGAUGGGUGUCGGGUGUGGGGACAAGAGCAGGGCUCAGGUCCCUCACACCUUCCACAUCCACAGCUACACCAAACCCACCGUGUGCCAGUACUGCCACCGGCUGCUCAAAGGGCUCUUCAGACAGGGGCUGCAGUGCUCAGACUGCAGGUUUAACUGCCACCGGCGCUGCGAGCCUUUAGUCCCCAGAGACUGUCCGGGAGAGAGGAGAGGCGUCAACGGCGAAGAAUCCACAGCAGCUGGUCACAGCUGCCCACCAGACCCAGACGACAAUGACUCAGAGCUCACCAGUAUAACAACACUAGAUCUCUCUGACGACGAGAUGUCCACUGACGGUGACUCGCCGGCAGAGUUCAGGGAGGUCGAGCCAAUCAGUCCGUGUUUCAGCAGCAACAUCCCUCUGAUGAGGCUCGUCCAGUCGGUGCAUCACACUAAGAGGAGAGCCGGUGGAGUCCUGAGAGAGGGGUGGCUGCUGCACCACACCAACACUGACACGCUGAGGAAACGUCAUUACUGGAUCUUGGACAGGAAGAGCAUCACUCUGUACCAGAACGAGCUCAGCACCAAGUACUACAAAGAGAUCCCUCUGUCAGAGGUGCUGCAGGUCCGAGGCCCUGCCCAGCUCUCCACGCCCUUGUUGCCGGGCGACAGCGCUCACUCCUUUGAGGUGGUGACGGCCUCGCUGGUGUACUGCGUGGUGGCAGGAGAGGACGGGCCGUCCUGGGAGAGCGCCAUCCGUCAGGGUCUGAUGCCCGUGGAGAGCAGCGAGGGACACGACGACAACCGCGAUGAUCAUUCACACAGAGACAGCAGGGACAUCAGCUCGGUGUACCAGAUCUUUACGGACGAGGUGCUGGGUUCAGGACAGUUUGGAGUGGUGUACAGAGGUACUCACAGGAAGUCGGGUCGACCAGUCGCCAUCAAAGUCAUCGACAAGACGCGUUUCCCCACCAAACAAGACAGACAGCUGAGGAACGAAGUGUCCAUAUUGCAGAAUCUGUCGCACCCCGGUGUGGUUCUGUUGGAGGGGAUGUUCGAGACCGUCGAGCACGUCUUUGUCGUCAUGGAGAAGCUCCAUGGAGACAUGCUGGAGAUGAUUCUGUCCAGUGAGAAAGGACGACUCCCUGAACGCAACACUCGCUUCCUGGUUCUGCAGAUCCUUGAGGCUUUGCGCUAUCUGCACUUCAAACAUAUCGCUCACUGCGACCUCAAACCUGAGAAUGUCCUUCUGGCCUCUGCAGACCCCUUUCCUCAGGUGCGACUUUAUGAUUUUUAUUCAAAUUCCAGCAGAAGCAAGUUGUCACAGCAUCUUCCUGAGUCACCUCUGCUCUCCGUGCUGCAGGUGAAGCUGUGCGACUUCGGCUUCGCCCGCAUCAUCGGCGAGAAGUCGUUCCGCCGCUCGGUCGUGGGGACGCCGGCCUACCUGGCGCCUGAGGUGAUCAGCAGCAGCGGCUACAACCGCUCUCUGGACAUGUGGUCUGUGGGCGUCAUCACGUAUGUGAGCCUGAGCGGGACGUUCCCCUUCAACGAGGACGAGGACAUCAGGCAGCAGAUCACCAACGCUGCCUUCAUGUACCCGCGACAAACCUGGGCCUCCAUCUCACUGGAGGCGGUGAGUCUCAUCAAUAACCUGCUGCAGGUGUCGGUGAGGAGGAGGUUCAGCGUGGGCAAAGCUCUGGGACACACCUGGCUGCAGGACUUCGAGCUGUGGUGCGACCUCAGGGAGUUCGAGCAGAGGAUGGGCUGCAGGUAUCUGACACACAAAGGGGACGAGGAGCGCUGGAUACGCUACGCCCAGGAGAGAGGCCUGAAUUUCCCCUCCCACCUCAGCUGACACGCGACCACAGCACAAGGGUUUAAAGGUUGGACAGUUUUUAGUCUGUGCAGCGUAGAUAAAACCAGAAAUGAGACACGCUUCAUGCUCGAAAUCCUGAAUUUGUGGGAGAGCAGGGAACCAAUUAUAGUUUUCUUGGCAUUUGUAGGUUGUUAAACAUCCCAGUUUUCUGUGGUGACCAAUGUUAGAAUUAAGGUGUUUUUAGUGGGAACAGGAAGAUAAAUGAAAGAAUCUUGUAUGCAGGAGAAAAAAAAAUCACAGAUCAGUCUUUAUCUAGUUGUAAACAUAAUGAAAAAACAACACAAACAACUGCUGUUUAGUAAUAUAAUUUUCCUUUUUUAUUCCAAGUUGUAGUUUUUAAACUUGAACUGUGUGAAAGUGAGUUUUUGUGGCGUCAGUGAUGAAUGAGCUGAGGAUGAGGAGAAUGGAGCACAGAUAAGAAAAAAAUCAUCACGAGUCAAAUCGCACUGGUUAUCAUGGCCGACCUGUCAUUUAAAAUGGGACCAAAACCCUAUGAGCUUCCUCACUGACAUAGGCCUGCCAUGGUCCCACGUACAGUAUCGAUUCUUCUUUAGUCCACAACUUUCCUGAUGCCCUGUCUCUCACUGCGCGACACCUCUCUCUGUCUGUGUCCCUCCUCCGUGUCACUUUAAAUGUCGUGCACGGAGCGUGGAUAGAGAGGAGAGAGGUGUGUGGGAUCGUUCUCUCUGGCCAUAACAGUUUGCCUUUCUGUCUUCCUUCUUGAGUCCCCAUCCGGCCAUGGCCCUUUCUUUUGUCUACAUUUACCCACAGUGCUUUGCUUUGAGCUGCUCUCUCUGUUUGCAGUCUUCAUUUUAAUAUUCAGCGCUUCGGUUUAGAUGCUCUCAUUCAUCCUCCGUGUGUUUCUGAGCUUCUUAAGGGUUUCAAGAUCUCCAGGUUAAAUUUAAUCUUUGCUAUCGUUCAGGUUUCACAGUGCUGAGGUUUUUUUUUGUUUUGUUUUUACAGAGUGAGAUUUUUCAGUGUUCGACUGGCUUUGUAA